AUGCUUCCCCCGUCUCCUCCAUAUAGCAUGUAUCCCCCCGUGCUUCCUACUCCUCCACCUUCUCUCCCCGUCACCCGUUGUUUUACCCCGGAGGACCGCCUGGGAUACCUUCUAGCCAACCGGUUGGAACUCACAAGCAUUCUGGGAGUCGGUGCGUAUGGCGUGGUCUACACCGCCGUCGACAUCCACACCAAUGUGCUCUAUGCCGUCAAAGCCCUGAACAAGGUCGGACUUGAUGCCCGGCAGCUCAAGUUCCAACAACGGGAGAUCAAGCUUCACCAUCUGGCCAGUCAACAUCCCAAUGUGGUUUCCCUGGUUCGCAUUAUGGAUUCCGUCGACUGCACCUAUGUGGUCAUCGAGUUCUGUCCGGAGGGCGAUUUGUUCUCCAGCAUCACCGAAAAGGGCAACUUUGUGGGCAAUGAUCCCUUGGUCAAGCGGGUCUUCCUCCAGAUCCUGGAUGCCGUCCAGUUUUGUCAUUCCCUAGGAAUCUACCAUCGGGACCUCAAGCCGGAGAACAUCUUGGUCACCGACCAGGGCCUGACGGUCAAACUGGCCGACUUUGGCCUGGCUACCACGGAUUAUUUCACCUCGGAUUUCGGUUGCGGUUCCACCUUCUACAUGUCCCCAGAAUGUCAGCAAUCGAAUCCCCGCCCGUUGUCGUGUUAUGCCUCGGCCCCCAAUGAUGUAUGGAGCCUGGGAGUUAUUCUAGUCAAUCUGACCUGCGGGCGCAACCCUUGGAAACGUGCCUCGAUCGAGGAUUCCACGUUCCGGGCCUAUCUAAAGGAUCCCUUCUUCCUCAAGUCCAUCUUGCCCUUGUCUGAUGAACUGGUCUGUAUCCUGAGCCGCAUCUUUGAAUGUGACCCGAUGAAACGGAUCACCAUCCCGGAGCUCCGCCAGUUGAUCCUGGAUUGCCCUCAGUUCACUCUGAACCCGGUAACCCCCUGGGUCGCUCCCAGCGGACCCUUGCCAUUCCAGGUCGUCAGUGGACCUCAGGUCCCUGUCUCUGUUCCUGUACAUGGUUUCACGGCCCAGCAGUCAACCUCUUCCGACUCGUCUCACUACUCGGACUUCUCCGACUCGGGCGACUCGGAUGGCUCUUGCUUCACCGAAGUUUUCACCGAUAUGGACAGUGUCCCAUCGAUGUCUUCUGUGGAGUUUGAUUCUGAAGAUGAGCUUCCAAUGGAUUCGCUCAACUGCAAGGAUAUCUCCGAGGCCAUCCUCAUUCAGCCACAGUCAAACCCACAGCCACUUCCCGUCUGCUGA